GGAGAGGAACUCAACGAGGAAAGAGAAGAACAAAUAAAUCGCGCACACAUACCUGGAGCCUUCGGACUGCGAGCCUGUUGGUCUCGAGCAUCGGGAAGACAGCAGGAGGAUGUGAAUCACUCACUUUGACUGACUGCAUCACAUUCUUCCACCGUUUGUGGAGGAAUGUCCACUUUUUAUACUCUCUAUAAACCUAUGGGCUGGACCAGAGGCUGUGUGGUACGGAGACACUUACCUGCUGCUGCUGAUGCUGCUGUGUCUCUCAUCAGACUUGAUGUGAUGGCUGUCCCUUACGGAAAGGGAUCCAGAGGCUGUGUGUCACAGAAAGAGUGAUUUAGACUCUCUUCUUGGCUGCACCAUCAUCACGACCCCCCUGGAUGUUCUCUUGAUGUAUUGCUGUGGUCUGGGACACAGGCAGAGAGAACAGUCCACCUAUGGUUCGGCGGACCGUCAGGACUCAGUGGCCACUGAGGAGAAGGAGAAGAAUGCCCAAGUCCAGCUGGAGAAGGCCAAGUUUAAGCCUGUUGCUUUUGCCGUGCGCACAAACUUCACCUACACUCCUGCUGAUGAUGACAACGUCCCCAUACCAGGGCACGGGGUUUCUUUUGAAGCUAAGGACUUCCUGCAUAUCAAAGAGAAAUUUAACAAUGACUGGUGGAUUGGACGGCCUGUAAAGGAAGGGGGAGAGGUUGGUUUUAUCCCCAGCCCGGUGAACCUGGAGACGAUUCUGAUCAGAAGAGAGGUGCAGGCCAGGAAGGCCGCCAAAGCGCUGGCCAAUAAAGCGGCUACUUCUGCCAAAGAUGAUAUGAAUGCAAAGAAAGCUGCUCCUCCACAAACAGUUCAGCAAGUGAAGAAGAAAUCGGGAGAGCAACUGGCUGCAUAUGAUGUUGUGCCUUCCAUGCGUCCUGUGGUGCUCAUGGGGCCUUCGCUUAAGGGCUAUGAGGUUACAGACAUGAUGCAAAAAGCUCUCUUUGAUUUUUUAAAACACAAAUUUGAAGGAAGAAUUACUAUCACCAGGGUGACAGCAGAUAUUGCACUUGCCAAGCGAUCGAUCCUCAACAACCCCAGCAAGCACGCCAUAAUGGAUCGCUCCAACACCCGCUCCAGUUUAGCCCAAAUCCAAGGAGAGGUUGAGAGGAUUUUUGAGUUAGCACGCAGUCUACAGCUUGUGGUUCUGGAUGCCGACACCAUUAACCAUCCUCUCCAACUAAGCAAGACCUCCUUGGCCCCGAUCCUGGUGUAUGUCAAGAUUUCAUCACCCAAGGUUCUGACAAGAUUGAUAAAGACCAGGGGCAAAUCUCAGACUAAACAUUUGAAUGUUCAGAUGGUGGCCGCAGACAAACUGGCCCAGUGUCCCAAUGAGCUGUUCGAUGUCAUCUUGGAUGAGAACCAGCUGUCAGAUGCCUGUGAACACAUUGCUGAUUAUCUGGAGGCCUACUGGAGAGCCACACACCCUCCUGAAAUGGAGCCUCCCAACCCCAUGCUGGAGAAGCUGGCAGAAAACACACUCCCCACCAGUCCCACACCUGCUAAGGAUGAACAGAAAAGCAAGAAGAUGGCCGCCACCAAGAGAAAAGGAUCUCAAGAGCACCAGCAGGAGCAUCAGCCCCAGGCUCAGGAGAUGAGAGAGGAGGAAGAGAAGGACGAAGAGGAAGUACAGGAGGAUGCAGAGGAGGAGGAGAGGCUCCUUCGUAGUGAGCCAAAGAGACACAGCCAUCAUCACCACCAUCAUCACCACCACCACCGCUCCAGCACCAGCCGGCCAACAGAGCCCCACAACAACCACCAGCACCAGAUGCGCCACCAGCAGCCCGCCGACAUGGAGCUGCUUCCCGCUAAAGACGCUUCGUACGCGGAGUCCCGGAGCAGGCGCACGCUCCCGGGCGAGGGUGACCCGGACCAAACCGAGGUCUACCACAAUAGGACUACAAAUCAAAGGGACCAUAACCACCACCAUCACAACCACCACCACCGACAUCACCACCACCGCCGCGGGACCACAGACGUUCAGCCGGAUUAUUCCCACCACGGGCAGCAGGACUAUGAGCUGGAGCACAACGAGCACAACAGGCAACAGAGACAGUCAAGCCAGCUGCGCUCACACAAACAAUCGCAUCACAAUCACUAUCACUACCAGGGACGGGAGCGGGACAGGGACAGAGACAGGGACAGGGACAGGGACAGGGACAGGUGUGUCGAGACCGAGGAGUGGACUGAAGAUAUGUACAUUCAUCGCUGAGAUGGACGUUGUUUUAAUGCUGCUAUGUGAAAUGCUGGCUACCGUGUACUCAGGACAACAUGGUUUCUCUUUCUUUAUCCAUUCUGCUGUGUUAUCGCCUCCUCUGGUCCACAUCUAAUUUCCUUGAUUUUCAGUUUUCAUUCACAUACUGUAAUUCUGUGUUCCUCUGGCUUU